AUGUUAGAAGUUAGCCAGUGGUCGUACAGCCAAGAAGCGUUCCGAAUGAAGGGAAAGAUGACACUCGGACCUGACAGUGUCAGUAUAACCGGGAACAGAGUCGUCGUGGCGGACGGUAUCAAUACUCUGACCUUGACCUGUACAACACAGGAGUACAACAGAUACGUACACAUCACGUGGUACAACGGUACAACACAGAUAUCUAACACAGCAGCCGCCACCAACACGUCAGGAAGUUACGGGGGGUUGAUAUCUACACAGGUCCUACAACUCACACCUGACAGGUACCAGGACGGCAACGCGGUCACGUGUGUGGUCCAGAACGAGGACGUGACGCUUGGAGAGAGGACGGCAUCAGUUACACUGGAUAUCAACUACCUGCCCAGUACUCCUGCAUCAGUGAGUGUAAACCCCACAACUGAAGGACGGGAGAGAUCCACAGUGGACUUGACAUGUCAGGUGACAGGUGGUAAACCUAGACCCAGUCUCCAGUGGACAUGUCCCAGAACAGUGACCCAUACAGUCCCUACAACAGGAAGUCAAGGUGACAGUCACACUUCAGUAAUCACAGUGACACUGACACGUCAGGUGAAUGGUCAUAAUUGUAGUUGUACCGGGCGUCAGAACCAGACUUCGUGGACAGGAAGUGCCGAAUCACCGGUGUUCAUUGUUAGAUUCGGACCUGACAAUGUCAGUAUAACCGGGAACAGAGUCGUCGUGGCGGACGGUAUCAAUACUCUGACCUUGACCUGUACAACACAGGAGUACAACAGACACGUACACAUCACGUGGUACAACGGUACAACACGGAUAUCUAACACAGCCACCGUCACCAACACGUCAGGAAGUUACGGGGGGUUGAUAUCUACACAGGUCCUACAACUCACACCUGACAGGUACCAGGACGGCAACGUGGUCAGGUGUGUGGUCCAGAACGAGGCCGUGACGGUGGGAGAGAGGACGGCAUCAGUUACACUGGAUAUCAACUGUAAGUAA